AAUUCACAAGAAACUACCUUCUUUUUUGGUCUUUCAUUUUUUCCUUAUCACACUUCACAGGAAACUUCUACCAACCUAAGAGAAUUUAUACGAAAACUACUGGUACUGUUUUCUCCACAAAUCACAACGAAGCAGAGGCCUUCAUCAUUACCCUAAGCUACUUGCAAACCAUUAAAAAAAGUAGUAUUAGUUGUAGUUAAACAGUAUCAUUAGAUAAGGAUCUUGGCAUUAUCCCAAAAUAUUCUUUCACUCAAUUGUAAAGGGACCCCACAAAAAAUGGUGUGUUUGACGAGUAGUUGCAGGUGUGUUACAGCUUUUUCUCCCUUCAAUUUUCAGUGAUAUUUCUCUCGCAGCCCCCUUCUUCUCCCUUUUUCCAAGUUCCAUUCUUGAAGUCUGUAUUGAUGAUUACAACUGUUGUUUGCUCAGCUGCUUCACAGCCCAGUUGUUCUAGUUGUAAUUUAAUGCCCUCUUUCUCUUAUUUUAUUAAUAAAGAUUCAAUCUUGAUCACUGAGUUAGCUCAACUACUUAACAAAAACCCCUUGAUAUCUGUUCUAGACAGAGAAUAUUGGUACCCCCACUGUUUGAACUACAAUAUUGUUGCCUGAUUGAGAUAUGACCCAUUUGCUGAAUCAAAUUUGUUUUUCAUUUUCUUGAAAAUAAUUGUUAUUCUUGAAUUGUUAGAAGAUGAAUGUUUGGUAGGACCAAUGUCAGUUGCCUGUUGUGUUCCAGUUGUUGAAUGUGUAUACUGCUUAGCUUGUGUACGUUGGGUGUGGAAGAAGUUCCUUUAUACUGCUGGCCGUGAAAGUGAAAAUUGGGGACUUGCAAUUGCCAGUGAGUUUGAGCCCGUGCCUAGGUUCUGUCGAUAUAUUAUAGCAGUAAAUGAGGAUGAUAUUAGAAACCCCAUAUGGACUCCACCUGGUGGAUAUGGCAUUGAUCCAGAUUGGGUUGUUGUAAAGAAAAGUCACGGAGAUACUCAAGGGAAGGUAUCUCCUUAUUUGAUCUAUGUUGAUCAUCAGAAUGCUGAUAUAGUUUUUGCAAUUAGGGGUCUUAAUUUGGCUAAGGAAAGUGAUUUUUUGGUCCUACUUGACGAUAAACUUGGGCAAGCUGAAUUUGAUGGGGGAUAUGUUCAUAAUGGUCUACUGAAGGCAGCUGAAUGGGUUUGGGAAGCUGAAUCACAAAUUUUAAGGGAACUGGUGGAGAGGUAUCCAGAUUAUACCUUGACAUUUGCUGGGCAUUCUUUAGGGGCAGGGGUGGUAACUCUGUUGACGAUGUUGACUGUGAAGAACAGAGAAAAGUUGGGUUUCUUAGACAGAAAAAGGAUCAGAUGCUAUGCAAUUGCUCCUGCAAGGUGUGUUUCGCUGAAUUUAGCUGUGAGAUAUGCUGACAUCAUAAACUCUGUUGUACUUCAGGAUGAUUUCUUACCUCGGACCACUGUAGCACUGGAAAAUGCUUUCAAGUCACUUUUCUGUUUCCCAUGCUUGAUGUGCAUAUUGUGCCUGAAGGAUACAUUCACCAUGGAGGAGAAGAUGCUAAAAGAUCCAAGACGCCUUUAUGCUCCAGGUCGUCUUUAUCAUAUUAUUGUCAGGAAACCCUUCAGCUCUGCUAAUAUUAAACCCAUUGUGAGGACUGCUAUACCCGUUGAUGGACGGUUUGAGCACAUAGUUCUUUCAUGCAACAUGACCUCUGAUCAUGCCAUUAUUCAGAUAUUGACAGAAUCACAAAGAACAAUUAAUUUGAUGUUGGAGAGACAUCAGAGUACAGAUUCUUUGAAUAUUCCCGUGCAGCAGAAAAUGGAGCGACAGGCGUCUCUCGCUAAGGAGCACAUGGAGGAACACAAGGCUGCUUUGCAAAGGGCAGUAGCACUGGAUGUGCCCCAAGCAUAUUCUCCUUCUGCAUAUGGAACUUUCCACGACAUAGAGGAAGGGCCGGAUUUUGGAAAACCGGGGGAGUCCUCUCUCACCAUUUCCCAAAAAAGGAGAGAAAGCUGGGAUGAGUUAGCAGGGCGUAUUUUUUUUAGACAGAUGAGUCAGGGUGAACUGGGUUGAAGAAGUCUUGGAAUAUAUUUUGUGCUCCUGUAUUGGUUAGUCAGAUGGCUUUUAGUAGAGAACAGACAAAUAAGUCUCUUGUUAGUUCACUAGUUGGUAUCAAUUACUACUAUUAAGGAUAGCAUGUUCCCUGAUCACAUCAGUUAUUAGCUCAGAGGGACAAUUUUGGGUUCCCAAACAUCAGUUACAGUAAUAGAAGAUGAAUCGAAGUUCAGGUCUCGCGUCUCAAUUA